CUUGGAUAAUCUGAUGGUUUUCUUGUGUGCGCCCUUGAAUUGUUGUCUGGCUGUAGCCAGACUACUGUAUGAUUCUCGUCUGUAGUCACUGCGGUGCCACUGGGCAAGGACAGUAGUACUAAAGUAGUGAGAUUGGAGAAGUGUUGUGUUUUGCUGCAUGGUUCUGUUAAACAUUUCAGUUACGUAUAAUUUGCUUAAUGGUUAACAUAAAGAUUGACUUAAAAGUUGGAGCAGAGAUUCAGGAAUGAGCUGUACCUACCAUAUAGUAAUCUGCAUAUGAUUGAGGUUGAAUGAAUACUUGAACACCGAAACGUCUCUUGCCAUGUAAUGUUAAUAUUGUGCAUGGGCUUUUUUUGUGGACGGUGGCGUUUUCUGUGUAGCUUUGGGUCUUCUGAGGCUAAUAUUUUAAAAUGAAGGCAUUAAGUUUAUUAUAGACAGUCAUUUUGAGUCUGUUCUAGUUUAUCAGUCAAGGGGUUGUCUUUUUCAACUCCUGCUCAGUCACCCUGUUAUAACCCUGCAGGGACACUGUGUUUCCCUUCCAAGUGAUAACAUCAGAUACUGAUUAUUUCUAGCCUGACCCCAUUAAAGGAAACUCUUGGUAAAUAAGUGAAGAUUUCAGCUCCUUGUUACCCUGGUCUGAAAUUCCAAGGACUGUUUUUGUGUCCAUUCUGCAUGCAUUGGGCAGACUUUCAAAAUCUUGAGUUGCUAGACUUACUGGUCUGCAAGUGAAAGAUGAGUAUACUGAAGAUCAUGAGCUCUUUGAUUGGGAGAUUGACUACUACAGGGAAGAAAAUUUCAAAGAAAUACAAAUGUUUGGACCUUAUGAGUCUUACGACUCCGGGUCUUCUCUGGGUGGGCGAGAUCUGUACAGAUCUGGCUAUGGUUAUAAUGAACCCGAACAAAGCCGCUUCGGAGGUAGUUAUGGUGGUCGAUUUGACAACUCCUACCGGAAUAGCCUUGACUCUUUCGGAGGUAGAAACCAGGGCGGGUCUAGCUGGGAAGCACCUUACUCCCGUUCAAAAUUGAGGCCUGGGUUUAUGGAGGACAGAGGAAGAGAGAGUUACUCUUCCUACAGCAGUUUUUCUUCACCCCAUAUGAAGCCUGCACCUGUAGGCUCUCGGGGGAGAGGAACGCCUGCUUAUCCUGAAAGUGGAUUUGGAAGCAGAAACUAUGAUGCUUUUGGAGGACCAUCAACAGGCAGAGGCCGAGGCCGAGGACAUAUGGGAGACUUUGGAGGAAUGCACAGACCUGGAAUUGUUGUUGACUAUCAUAACAAACCCAGUCCUGCAGCAGUUGCUGCACGAGGGAUAAAAAGAAAAAUGAUACCACAGCCAUAUAACAAACCUGGUGGGACGUUUGUUAAGAAACCCAAAAUGACAAAACCUGUUUUGAAGCUGAGCCAGAAGAAAUCACCUAACAUGAAGACAUCUUUCCAGGAUUCUGCUGUAGAGGAAAUUGAAGUGGACACAAGUGGUGCAGUUGUUAUAUAUGAAGACUUUACAAGAGAUGCUUAUGAUCUUGGGUAUCAGACUUUUGGAGAUGGCAAAGGAGAAGGUAAAAGUGAGGAAGAAGAAAAGCGACGAAUUGAGGCCAGAAGAGAGAAGCAAAGGCGUAGAAGGGAAAAGAACAGUGAAAAAUAUGGUGAUGGAUACAGAAUGGCAUUUACUUGCUCAUUUUGCAAAUUUCGAACAUUUGAAGAAAAAGAAAUUGAAUCACAUCUGGAGAGUGCAGCUCAUCAGGAAACAUUGGAUCAUAUCCAGAAGCAAACCAAAUUUGACAAAAUAGUGAUGGAAUUUCUUCAUGAGUGUAUGGUGAAUAAAUUCAAGAAGACAGCUAUGCGUAAACAACAGACAAGUAACCAAACAGAAAAUGCUCAAGCUGCUGAAAAAGAUAUCAUGGAAGGGGUUACAGCUGAUGACCAUAUGAUGAAAGUUGAGACUGUUCACUGCAGUGCUUGCAGUGUAUAUGUUCCUGCAUUACACAGUUCUGUUCAGCAGCACUUAAAAUCUCCUGAUCACACAAAAGGAAAACAAGCCUACAGAGAACAAAUAAAAAGAGAGAGUGUUCUUACUGCCACCAGUAUCUUGAAUAAUCCUAUAGUCAAGGCACGAUAUGAGCUGUAUGUGAAGGGUGAAAAUCCAUUCGAAAUGAAUGAUCAGGUGCAGGAGCAGCAGGCAGAAGAAGAGGAGAAAGCUGAUGAACCAGCUGAGGCUGAGGAAGAAGAGGAGGAAGAAGAGGAAGAAGAAACUGAAGAGCAAACUGACUUCACUUUAGACCACACUGAAGAUAACUGAGUGCAGGAAAAUGAAAAUGUAUUAGGGAGGGGCAAAGCAGCUUUUUAUUUCUGCUCCAAGGCGGCUAAGACUUUUUAAUAGUCUCAAAUGAAGUUGUUGAAGAUUCCCCACCAUAUGCAUGCAUUCCAUUCCAUGGAGAACUUGUUUAUAUAAUUCCUCUGUGUUUCUGAUUUUGUUUAAAGUAAAAUUAAGACUAUUUUAGUUGAGCUUUUUAUAGCAAAUUGACUGUUAAAGCUAAUUAAAACAUUGUGUUGUAUAUUUUUUUAAGCAUCCUAUUUUUUGAUGUGUGUAUUGAAAAUUGGAUAUAACAAUUUUUGGUCUAAUCAGUUGAAAAGAAAGGUGGGUCUGUGGGGUAAAUAUAUUAAAUGCUGUAGGGCAUAAGAUUAUACUAUUUACCUCUUAGUACCGAAGGAGUAACUUCAAAAACUGUGCUGUUGAGUGUGGCUGUUUUGGGGACUGCAUUGCACUCUGUAUAAUACAGUAUGUGUUAUAAUAAUAUGCCUUGUAGCUUUUUGUGAUAAGAUGUACCAGUUUGUAACAAUAAAAUACUUGAGAUGUCACC